AUGGAGCUGAGCCUGGAGAGCCUGGGGGGCCUGCACGGCGUGGCCCACGCGCAGGCGGGCGAGCUGCUGAGCCCGGGCCACGCGCGCUCGGCGGCGGCGCAGCACCGCGGCCUGGUGGCGCCCGGGCGCCCGGGCCUGGUGGCCGGCAUGGCGAGCCUGCUGGACGGCGGCGGCGGCGGCGGGGGAGCCGGGGGUGCGGGCGGCACGGGCGGCGCGAGCGGCGGCGCCGACUUCCGCGGGGAGCUGGCGGGCCCGCUCCACCCGGCCAUGGGCAUGGCCUGUGAGGCGCCCGGCCUGGGCGGUACCUACACGACGCUCACGCCCCUGCAGCACCUGCCGCCGCUCGCCGCCGUGGCCGACAAGUUCCACCAGCACGCGGCGGCCGCGGCGGUGGCCGGGGCGCACGGCGGCCACCCCCACGCGCACCCGCACCCGGCGGCCGCGCCGCCCCCGCCGCCCCCGCCGCAGCGCCUGGCGGCCAGCGUGAGCGGCAGCUUCACCCUCAUGCGCGACGAACGCGCGGCGCUCGCCUCCGUGGGCCACCUCUACGGGCCCUACGGCAAGGAGCUGCCCGCCAUGGGGUCGCCGCUGUCGCCUCUGCCCAACGCGCUGCCGCCCGCGCUGCACGGCGCCCCGCAGCCCCCGCCGCCGCCGCCGCCGCCGCCGCCGCUGGCCGCCUACGGCGCGCCGGGCCACCUGGCCGGGGACAAGCUGCUGCCGCCCGCCGCCUUCGAACCGCACGCUGCGCUGCUGGGGCGCGCCGAGGACGCGCUGGCUCGCGGGCUGCCCGGAGGCGGCGGCGGCGGCGGCGGCGGCGGGGGCGGCGGCGCGGGCGGCGGGGGCACCGCGGGGCUGCUGGCGCCGCUGGGCGGGCUGGCGGCCGCCGGGGCGCACGGGUCCCACGCAGGCGGCGGCGGCCCGGGCGCGGGCGGCGGCGGCGGCCCCGGGGCGGGCGCGGCGGCGGAGGAGAUCAACACCAAGGAGGUGGCGCAGCGCAUCACCGCCGAGCUGAAGCGCUACAGCAUCCCGCAGGCCAUCUUCGCGCAGCGCAUCCUGUGCCGCUCGCAGGGCACGCUCUCCGACCUGCUGCGCAACCCCAAGCCGUGGAGCAAGCUCAAGUCGGGCCGCGAGACCUUCCGCAGGAUGUGGAAGUGGCUGCAGGAGCCCGAGUUCCAGCGCAUGUCGGCGCUGCGCCUGGCAGGUAGGAGCGCGGCGCACUGCGCGCGACCCCGGGGGCUCCGGCUCGGGACUCCCCUGCGGGAGCGUCGUGUGCGCCCCUGCCGCUCCGGGCAGAGGGCCGGGACCGUGCACCCGGCUGCCGGCGCGGAGGAGGCCGGGGCCGGGCCCGCGCUCAGCCCUCGGCCCCAGCGCGCGCUUCUUUGUAGCUCGGCCUCGGCGAUCGAUAGCCCCCUCCCCCUCUCCGGCCGCUGGCAAAGCUCCUCUGAAGGUGACAGGGUCCUGGCCCACAUGAGCCCCCCAGGGACGGUGUGUGGACACCGGGUCCCAGCCUCUGCCUCUCCUGCCCCGGCGCCCCCCUCGCUGAAGCCGGCCCUCAGGUGGGACCGCUCCCUCCCACCGACCGAGGACAUCAGGAUCACAGGUCGCUGCACGCGCUCCAUCAACCAGGAAAGCAGUGUCCACGGAGCACCUGUUCCAGGCCCCCUGUCCCCACUGGCUGGGACUGGCAAGGUGUGGGUGGGCAGCCGGGACCGGGCAGGCGGGGAGCCCCUGGCGAGGGGACUCGGGGCUGGGUCCUCCCGUGCGUGCGGCUACCUACGAGGUGGCGGCCCCUGUGACGGGGCUCAGCGUUGUAGCGACGAGGAAAUGGGAGGAGGCGAGGGCGCAGGUGAAGCCAACAGGAG